GAUAGUCACAUUAUUUUCUAUAAGCUCCAUAGUCACAAUGUUGAAAUUUCAGAGACAUAUAUGUACUUCUAACAGAAAUAUCACAAGAUAGCAUACAUACGACAACCUUAUCAAUUCUCUAACUUUUACAUGACUAUCUUGUCAGGACUGAUAAAGUGCAUAUUAAUGCUGAAAAGUUUUUAACAAUAAAACAGGGUUUCACAGAUGAGGCAUUGUGUUCUGGAUUCAGUGAUAUUUACAUAUGGUAAUCAUGAAUUUUAAUGCCAGACCUGAUAACAUAACACGGCGGGGGAAACAGGCCGGUCCAUUCUGGUACACUGCGAGCAACUUGCAUCACUGGAGAUUUAUAUCUGACAUUAACACCAAAAUCAGGUAACAAGUAUAUACCACCGUGACCUGAAGUGCUCUCGGGGGUGACAUUUUACUGACAGAAUCAGCAUUGUCACCAGAAAACUUGGCACCAAACAUCGCCGGAAGAAAAAGCAGUGUGGGAACUGGAAAAAUUACUAGUGUAACAUUAUUUUGUGUAUUGGAGUUACUGGACCAACGGUAGGGGUGUGGGCUUGGAUCAAACACAUCAUUAAAUCGGGUCAACAAGGAAUGGAUAAAGUCCAUGACAUUGUAGCCUGGUAUCAAAAACAGAUUGGAUCGUACGACAGACAACUUUGGGAGCAGUCAGUGGAGUCCAGAGUUUUACAGGGGAUACAAUAUGCCCCCAGAAGAAAUGUGAAAUUGAAGACCGAAUUAAUAGACGUUGACUUGGUCAGAGGUUCAACCUUCUCCAAAGCCAAACCACAAGUGUCAUGGACUUACAUCGCUCACAAGGCGGUAUGCAGGGUUGUAUUCUAUCCAUUGUGUUAUCGAUGGUGGCGCCAGCAGAUAACGUUCAAGUUCUGGCUGUUCCUCCUUAUGUUAUACGUACUUCAGGUCUCCACGAUAGUCCUCUUCAUCCGCAAUGUCGGUGACAGUGUCACUAAAGAUGAGAUGAGUUUGACCUUGGUCUUGAUUCCCGCUAUAUUGAUGCUGCUGCUGGGGGUGGUUCACUCACACACUGUAGCCUCUCACAUGUCUCAUAGACCCUCCCACAGGGAGGGCAAAAACAGAGAUGGAAAAAGAAGCAGAAGGAAUACUUUUAGAAGUAACUCAAUCCCAACCUGUGGGGUUGUUAGCUCAGAACAUACAGGUCAAAAGUCAUCUGAACAGUGCAAGGAGAGCAUACUGCAGGUCAAUGGAGGAGUCAAGGCCGGGGAUACUACUGUCCAUGUUGGAGACAAGAAAUCCUCGCUGGAGUCAAAGUCAGUUAGUUGGAGUAACUGUGAUAGCAAGUCCCAAUCUAGUCCAAAUAAAUUGCCCCAUAAAUCUAGUCAAGAAAGUGAGUCCGGGUCAGAAAGUGAACAGAGAGGGAGAAGGAAUAGGAAAAAAGAGUUCCAAUCUAAGGGAAAUAAUCCUUCUCUGACUAAGGAAUGUCUGAAUCAGGGAGAUGGUACCUCAGUGGAUAUAUUAACUGCAGACAGUCUAGCGAUGGAGAAUCUUGAGAAUGAAAUAAAAUUCGAAUUAGAUACUCCGUCUGCCACAGAAGGACAUAUAAUUAUGCUGAGUCAGGAUGGAGAUGUGGAUUAUAAAGUGAAUCUGGAUGUCAAUAAUCUGAAGGAAUGUCUGGAAGAAGAAAGGAAAGAGUCAAAGCUGACUAAAAAUUCCAGUUCAAGUGACUUCAGGCCAGACAUGAGUGAGGCUGAUGAAACCCAGACGGCGAGCUCCGGUUUAGAUUUACCAUCCUCUGUGUAUAAGAAGGAACUGAAGAAGGAAUCCGAAUCAGACUCAGAGAGGGCGGAGUCAGAUUCGGAGGUGAGGCCUCUCCAAGGAUUGAGACGAAGGAAAGCGCGUAUGGACGACAGCAGUGAAUCCGGUGCAUCAUACUGCCGACCAAGACGUCAGACGAAGGACAAUAAAAUAAGCAGAAAGGAAAGGGAGGUCACCCCAAAUCUGGAGAGGGAUGACAGAAACAAGGGAACUGUGAGCUCAGAGGAGUGGGAAGACCGCGUCCAAUCAGACGUCACCACCUCCACAUAUUCCACAAGCUCCUCCGACAGUGAGCUCAGUGAAAAUGAAGUCCACACGGAAUUUUCAGAGGAAAAUAUGUCUAAAGGCUUGAACUCCGGAGCCAUUCCAGCCGAUGGUCUGGAGAGAGGGAACAGUAACCAACAUGUAAUCAAUCUCCUACAGCCUCCCACAACCUGUUCCGGGAUAAGUCACCACACCCCUCCAGAUAAAGUAAGUUGUGUAAUCUGGGAGGGGAGUGAGGUGAAGAAAGUUGAACUUACCGGAAUUGACAUCGGCUGGACGAUCAUCGAGAAAGUGGACAAUAUCCCAGAAAGCUCCGACUACAUUCUGAUUGGUUUGGUGUUCUCGUUGAUCAUUGGAUGCAUCCCUGUCAUGUUUAAAGUGUACCAUACAAAGGACAUUUACAACCUGAUAGACCUACAUGCCUUUGUAGAUCUCCUCUGGAGUCUGAAUGCUGAUUCCUGGAGGUUUAACUGGGUGCUUACAAAUGGAAUCCUGCAGAGAUUUUGUCUUAGUUGCAUCUUUUUCUUCCUGCUCUCUGUGGCAGACAGAACUUUCAAACAGAGAUUACUAUAUGCCAAACACUUCUGCUAUUUGACCUCUUCCAGAAGGGCACGUAAAUUUGAUAUGCCACAUUUUCGUCUGAAUAAAGUCAGAAAUAUCAAAACUUGGCUGUCACUUAGAUCCUACUUAAAAAAACGCGGCCCCCAGAGAUCAGUGGACGUUAUCGUAUCAUCCUCCUUCAUGACAACCAUUAUCAUUCUCACCUUGAUGUGUGUACAGCUCCUGAAGGACACAGACACAUACCUAGACUUCCUCUGUAACUGGGAACUCCUCGUCUGGUGCAUGGCCCUCGGAAUCUACCUGAUGAGGUUCAUGACCCUAGGCCUAAAGAUCAACAAAAAGUAUCGGAACCUUUCUGUUCUGAUCACAGAACAGAUUAAUCUGUACCUCCAGAUGGAACAGAAACCUCACAAAAAGGAAGAGUUAAUGGUAGCCAACAAUGUCCUGAAGCUGGCGGAGGACUUACUCAAGGAACUUGAGAGUCCAUUUAAGAUCUCUGGAGUGUCGGCCAAUCCCGUCCUGUAUAACAUUGUGAAGGUUGUGGUCCUCUCGGCUUUCUCCGCAGUCCUCACAGAAAUCUGUGGCUUCAAACUGAAGCUUUAUAAAAUCAAACUCAAAGGGUAAGGUUUUCUUAUCCUGUCUGGAGUCAUCACAUCUCAUGAACAACUCGAGUGUCUCAGAACUUACAGCCGAUUGGUGGAGUUCCUCGACUGGCUAUGGUUUGGAGGCUUAUGAAAUGGUUUUAUUACUCUGAGAGAAAGGGAGAGAGCAACGGUAGUUAUUGUGUCUCAACAUCGUACUUAAGAUGGAUCUCUGUAAUAUUAAAUCUUGCGAAGAUAGACAAAUUGAACCUUUGUAAAUUGUUGUCAACAUAACUUUAAAAUCCCAUCUACCAUCUUGUUCUUCAUACUGUAUGUUAUAUAGUGGGAUUGUACAGAGUUUUAUGAUAUGAGUGGAUAGAAAAACUUCCUGUACUACAAUGUAAUUGAUCCGAGCCAAUGCCAGUGUUUAUCACAUUCCCAGAACACUAGUAUCACAUUGUUUAUUCAUCAAGGACAUGUAGUUUGUAUAAUGUAAACAUUUUCCAUGAAUGAAUGCAAUUCCCAUAUUUGGCCAGUUUUACUUGUAAAUCAUUGGUGAUGCAUAUUCUGCCAUAUCUAUGUCUUGCCCAUUAUUCACUUGUUCAUUGUACAGUGUAUUUAUUUAAGUAUCUUCAUCCAAUCACUCAAUGUAAAGACGUCAAGGUUGUAGUAUGCUAACAGACAAGUCUAUAUUUUUUUUUAUAUCUAGCACAUACAACCAGAUUUACACAAAGACCACAGAAUCUGAUGCAUUUCACUGUUUAUUUUAUUUACAUUGUUUAUCUACUAGAUAGAAACAUGGGGUACAUAUGGUGCUGUAAAUCCGUAAAAUUGACGAUGCAUUUUAUGUUCUUUGUUUUUAUCAAGUCUUGUUUUAUUAAUGGAUAAAACUAGGAUGACAAUGCUGGAGAAAUUUUUGUACUUAAGAUUUUUUUGUGGGGAAUGACAAAAUUAGUCAUUUGUCUCAAAUUUUUUUUAAAAGGCUACAAUUUUAUUUUUAAGAAUAUGCACAAAUAGUUCACAUCUGAUUAUCAUCCUCACUGUCAACGACUUUUGUAGUCAGACCAAUACUUUGUUUAAAUCAUAAUAUUUGAUAUAUUUUUAUAAAUGAGUAUGGAUUAUUACAUAUUUUGAUAUUUUUUCUAUAGAUUUUACAGAGAGUCUGGGGCUCUUACUUAGCCAUAACAACCUGUAAAAAUCUGGGGACUACUUUUUAAAUUAAUUCAUUGAUUAAUUACGAUGUCACACCUUUUACAAAUAAUAAAGGCAGAACUCACCUGUGACGCAAACACUUUGCCUGUCACAGAAAUUGUGUACAAAUUUGUACUUUUAGUAUUAGAAAUGCAUGUACAUGUCCAUAAAUCCAUAAAUUUGAAAAUAUGUAAUAAAAAGGUGAUUGACUGAAUAUAAAGAUAUUCAGUCAAUAACUGCAUAUGUGUAUAGAAGAGAUGAAUGGGAUUAUGAAGUUUGCCAGUGUAUACUAAAAUGAUUUUUAACCUUGGUUAAGACUGCACACGUCACAAGUUAGUAAGUGAUGACCAUGAACCCCCCCCCAAUACAAUGUGUGAUUAUAACAUACAUUUUAUCUGUUUGUAUGUGUACAUGUGAUAAAUCUGUGAUCUGCAGACUAUACAUUGUUGUGUCAGACCGUGUUCUGUUUAGUAAAAUAACCUAGGAUUAUCAUCCUGUGCUUCUGAUUCCUCAGAAAUGUUGUAGUCAGAGUUGUUUCUGUAAAAUAUAAUUCUAAACCACUCAAUAUAAAAUUUUACCCUGUUUAAUUCUUUGUGGAUGUGCCCGCACAUUAUAAAUUACGCGCGUUUCCUUUGGAAACAAUAUGCGGAGGGUUCCAAUUUUGCAAUUCAGUAUCAAUUGAUAAAUUGCAUAACUAUAGGAAUAUUAUGGGCAGGGGUAAUUUACAAGAAAAUUGCAGAAAGUGUUUUUUAAUGGGGAAAAUGAACGUUUAUUUGCCAUAUAGCUUGUUGAUGAUAAUGGUAAUUUAACAUUGAUAUAUAUAAUUGUAUGGUAGAAUUGCGUUCAAUAGUAGGAAACGUAUAUUCUAUAAAUGCAGGUGAAUUUCUGUGAUAUCUGCAGAAUUCCUUUUCGUUCUGUAUGUGGAUUUGAAGUGUUUCAUGUUAUUCUGUAUUGGUCGAUUUCGUGUAAGACGACAUUUUAUAUUUGUAUCAGGCACUAACUACUCGGACAAACUUAUCACAGGUUUGGUUAAUGUAUUUGUAUCGCUUACUCGUUUACAAACAUAAAGCUAACUGAAAAGAUGUCACAUCCAAAUAAGGAGGGAAGGUGUAACUAAAUACAAUGUAUGUGUUCAGCUGAGUCAUUAUGAUUUCCACUUCCCAAAGUAUGAAUGGUUUAGUCACUUCUCAUUAUCAUUUUGCUGCCGAAGACUUAACCUGAGAGAGAUUAUGACAAAAAGGGAGGGUCAAUUUAUGUUUAAAACUCGGUACAUAAGGUAUUCUCAUUGUAUAAAUUUACAUCAGUCUGAAAUUAUUCCUAGAAGGACAAGCUUGAAGGUUUAUGUUUAUUUGUAAAAGUCUUCUUUUUUUUUGAAAAUGUUGUUCAUGUAUUUGUUAAUUCAAUACAUAUGAUACUUUUAGUGUACCAUUUGUUGAUGCAAUUAUGUACCGUUUAUCAUUUUGUGUGUACAUUUGUUGUUUUGAGUUUUUGUCAGUUUUAAUCUGUAUUUUUCUUUCUCCCAUAGUUUCACCUUUGUCAGUAAUGAGGUCUAUGAAUAGUGGUGAGACUAGAGACACUUACAUACAAAACCAUCUUCUUCAAAGAAAAGUCGUGAAGUAAAUUCUGGUCCACUGAAGACGAAAAAAAAGCCAUGAACAGAUAAUGUUCAUCAUUUCUUUCCACCAUUUCAAAACAAUUUUAUGACCAGCUAAUGCUGAGACAUGGUUAAAUUUAAACACAUACGGUACUUUAAGUUUUCUACAUCAAUUCUCUAUAAAAGUUGAUCAUUUGUUUAUCAUAAAGUCAUGAUCAGAAACAAAUUACAUUUCCAGGAUUAUUGGCGUUUAUUUCAUUGAAAUUGGAUCAGAAGAAACGUAUGGGGACUUUGCUUGAAAAGAUGAUAUAGAUAGCAAAUUCCUCUUUUCAAAAUUACUUGUCUUUAUUCAUAUACACGUAUUGUAUGUCUGUUAAUACAUAGGUGUUUUUACACGCACAUAUAUAUGCCCCUUUAAAAAAAUUUGGGGGGGGGGGGGGGGGGAUUACACAUUUUUUAUAACAAAAUACAUUAUACAGUAGGUCUGUUGAACGAUGCAGAGUCUGAGUUAUAAGCAUAAUAUUAUUCCACAUGUCAGGUCUGCUUCCUCAUUGUUUACCAUGUAGUCGGACACACACUCAUGUUGCCGACUCUAAUCACUUCCUCAUCAGUGAACAAGGCAAGAGUAGCGGGGUACAUUGUUUUUAUGCGACUCUGGAUGUCAACAAGAGUCGGAAAUACUUACCUGUAACAUUGACAAACUGGCAAAGGUGAACAUUGGGGCGACUUAGAAGCUGUUCGUAAAACAGUCUGUGGAUAUUUUACUGUUUUCUUGUCCAUUUCACUAUUUUUUUGUUUUUUACGAUGUCCCAAGGACUGCGAUAUUGUAAUUCGGUUUAUUGUGUGUUGAAAAUAAAAUUUUAAUAUACUAUGA